UGAAAGACAUAUAGACAAGAGUUUGUACAAAGUCCAGCGCGGUGGCGCGUGCUGUAAGCAUGGCGGACAAUAAUACACCGUGUGCAAGAAUGUUUUCCUUUGAUAAUGUUAUAGAUGACAUUACGGGCAAUGGAAUAUUUCAAAUUCUGCUCGUCUUAUUCGUAAGCUGCAUUUCAUGUCCCAAUUGUUUUACAAUUACUGCAUCAGUUUUUAUCGGUGGAAUGCCAGACAGCAGAUGUAGGAUUGAACCAUACGACAACUCUACUAUCUUUCCAAACGCAACCAACGAUCAAAUUACUAAGAUGUUUAUCCCAAUCAACGAACUCACUAAAAAACCAGACCGGUGUUUGAAAUAUCUGUACAACGUCACAUGCUCUGAUACUCAAGAUCCAACAUGUUUGUUUGGAAACAAUGACACAAACAAUGUAAAGACAAUGGUAAACUGUGAUGCAGAAUAUAUAUUCGACAGAAGCCUUUUUCAAGAAACAAUUGUCACUGAGUGGGACCUGGUCUGCGAUAAGAUGACGUCAUCGUUUGCGUCAUCGUCUUUGUUCUACCUCGGUGUUUUGUUUGCGUCACUAUAUGGGGGUUUCGUGUCUGACAGAAUAGGUCGUAUGACAGUGUAUCGAGCUAGCACAAUCUUGGCUUUGGUGGUUGGUGUUUCUAUUUCGUUUUCACCCAACAUUCAAACCUACACAGCACUGCGACUCAUAAUGGCUCUCGUAUAUUUUCCGUGUGUGGUUAGUGGCUUCGUAUAUGUGAUUGAAAUUUCUCCGAAAAGAUGGCGCACACUCGUGGGAAUGGUGUUUAACUCCAUAUUUGGGCUUGGUUCAAUGGUUUUCUCUUUACUUGCAAUUACGUGGAGGGAUUGGAGGGCGCUGCAAUUGGCGAAAACUAUCAUCGGGUUUGGACCGUUCGUUCUACUAAGCUGGUUCAUUCCAGAAUCACCGAGAUUGCAAUUUGCGAAGAACAAAUGGCGACAAGCCAGGAGAACUUGCGAGAUGAUGGCGAAAAGAAACAAAACUGUGCUUUCGGACGAUAUCUGGCGGAAAACUGAAGAACAUUUUGCAGAAUCAGAAAAAAAGGAAAAUAAAGAAGGAAAUUCACUCAAAGAGAUUUUUAGUCGACCAUGUUCAAGGUUUCUCAUCGUGAGCAAUAUGUUUGUUUGGAUGGUCACUAGCCUUGUAUAUUAUGGUCUAUUACUGAACGCUGGGUCGCUACCAGGAAAUUUAUACUUCAACAACAUGAUGGGAGGACUUAUGGAGUUUCUUGCUUGUAUAUUAGGAAUCGUUAUUGUAAAGAGAUUCGGUUUCACCAAGUGCACCUCAUCGUCGUUAUACAUUGCGAGCUUCGCGUGUCUGCUUUCAACUGUUUGUAUUCAACUUGGUGACGGGAAUGAACCCUUUCAAACGAUUGGAACAGUUCUUGCAAUGGUUGGAAGGUUCGGGGCCAGUAUGUCGUUUGGGGUAAUAUAUGUCCACACAGUGGAGAUGUUUCCUACAGUAGGAAGGGGAACAGCGUUAGGAUUAUCGUCAAUGGCGGCUCGUAUUGGAAGCAUCUUUUCACCAUUUACCGUCCAAUUACAACUAACAAUCCCAUGGCUUACACCGACAAUAUUUGGCGUCCUUGCGUUUCUUGCUGCUUGUUUGGCGGGGACUUUUCCCGAAACGAAAGGUAAACAGCUGAUGAUGUCAUUCCAUGACGCAGAAGGAAACUUCUCAAAACAUUUCCACGGAAAGUUUGUGUCGAGGUUGUGUUUCUUGCCAACGAUUCGGAGAUUGCCUAAAGAUUCACCGUCAUCUAAGAAACUUAUGAAGGAUGAAGAAUCGAGCCAAAGUUAAAACAGGCAUUUAAUGCUCUGGACUUUUUGAGCACAAGGAAAAACACAUAGGCAUAUCUCAUAUUAAAGACUUGCUGAAAAUGGUUCGGUUUUAUAAAGUGGUUGAAACAUUAUUGGACCUUCAUCACAAGUUAGAAUACUAGAGUUGGAAUACGGAUCUUAAUCAAUCCUGCUUUGCAAAGUGUUAAAAGAGCGAUAAAUUAUGAAACGUUAAAGUAAAGUUUAUAUUUUCUUAAUAAUAACUAUUAUGUUAUUGAGCAUAGUAGCAGAAGUAACAAAGUAAACAAUAAACCUCUGUGUUUGAACUGAAGUAUAUUAGAAUGUAUAUAGUAGGGUAGGGGGAGAUGGCACACCUGUUUAUUCUAUUUUUUCGUCCCAUUUAGUAGUGAACAAGAAUCAUUCAAAGAAUUACAAAACCACAUCCCCACGACUUCCAUAGACCACUGUUAACUGUUUAAAACACGAUCAGGAUAUCUCGGUUUUAUGUGCUAAAGGUGUCCCAUCUUCCCCAACUUUACUAUAUUUCAAACGUACCAGUACGUGUUAUAUAACGACUGUCGUUUUCUGACUACUUUAGAAUAAAGCAUAUUCUUUCAUUCAA